AUGUCGACCACCAAACGAAGAGGCCGGCCUCCUCGUAAACCCGCCGCUGUCGGUACUGCUGAGCCAUCUGUUGUUUCCGAACCAUCUGCUGUUGAUGAUACUGCCAACAAUGAAAGAGUAGGAGACGCAGCUGCAGAAGAAACAUUCGAUCUGCCCUCGAUAUCGGCUAUCGACCUAUUCCAGGGUCAAUCGUAUACGUUCCACUCUGAGAUUCCUAGCGUUGUUCGGAAUGAUCCAACAGCUUCGAUAACACUCGGCGUGGAUGAGGCCGGCCGUGGCCCAGUUCUUGGUCCGAUGGUUUAUGGAAUAGCGUACUGUGUAUCCGAUUACGAGAAAUCUUUGUCAAAGAAAGGAUUCGAUGACUCCAAAAAACUCACAGCAGAAGUGAGAAGUGAUCUUCUACAAGAGAUAUGUACUUCGGACACUGAACUCCACGCCAAUGUCGGAUGGGCAGUACGGGUUAUGUCUGCGAGAGAUAUCACCUCUGGCAUGUUGAGGCCUGCUGGGGUCGGCACAUACAAUAUCAAUGCGCAGGCACAUGACACUACCAUGAACCUCAUCGAUGAGGUUUUAAAGAAGGGUGUCAAUGUUAAAGAGAUCUUCGUCGAUACCGUCGGACCAGCCGUUACGUACCAGGCGAAACUACAGAGGAGGUUCCCAACAACCAAAGUCACAGUUUCCAAAAAAGCCGACUCUUUAUACCCGUCCGUCUCAGUAGCUUCAGUCUGCGCAAAAGUCACAAGAGAUUUCGCCCUCAAAGAAUCCUUCAGUUUGGCAUCUGGUGGUGGUGAAGUACCAAAUACUGGAUCCGGCUACCCAAGCGAUCCAAAGUCAAUUGCAUAUCUCAAAGGGUCAAUGGAUAGCUUGUUUGGGUGGGGAUCCGAAACUCGGUUUUCGUGGUCUACCGCGGCGGAAUUGCUCAAAAAGGAUGCUGAAGUUGUAGAUUGGCCCGAUAAUGACGAUGAAGGGAAUGGCGAUAUUGGCGCAUUUAUGUCGGCUUCGUCGGCUGGGAGUGAUGUUAGGUAUUGGUUUGGGAAACCAGCCACCGCAGCAGAAUUAUAA